AUGACCGACACUACCAUCACGAAGGACAAGUUCGGGAAGACAAAGGACGGCCAGGAUGUCCAUAGGUUCACUUUUACCAACAAGAACCAGGUCACUAUCCGUGUUCUCGAUUACGGCUGUAUCAUCACAGAAAUACUUGUCCCUGACAGGAAGGGAGAGGUCAAGGACGUUAAUCUGGGUUUCGAUGAUAUGGAAGGAUAUCUGACGCGCUCUCCUUAUUUUGGGGCUGUUUGUGGUCGUGUGGCCAAUCGAAUUGCGGGUGGGAAGUUCUCGCUGGAUGGCCAAGAGUUUCAACUGCCUGUCAACAAUGGCCCAAACUGCCUCCAUGGAGGUGUCAAGGGUUUCGAUAAGGUUCUUUGGGAUACCACUGUGGAUGGUGAUCGUCUGCAAUUGCGUUACGUCAGUGCUGACAACGAGGAAGGCUUCCCAGGGGAGGUAACCACAACCGUGUCCUAUCGACUGUCUGAUGAAAACGUGUUUACUAUCGAGUACACAGCCACAACCACGAAAGCCACGCCAAUCAAUCUGACUAACCACGCCUACUUCAACCUUGCCGGUCAGGGUUCGAAAAAUCUAGACGGUCACGUGAUACAGUUACUCGGGGACCACUACACCCCACUCAAUGAGAACACCAUCCCAACAGGUGAGGUUGCCGCGGUGGCGGGAACUCCGAUGGACCUUCGGAAGCCAGUACCUCUCAGUGAUAGGAUGAAGGAAGUCAAUGGCGGUCUUGGGUUCGACCACAAUUUUUGUGUUGGAGAAGGAGGCAAACUCAAAUUUGUCGCCAGAGUGGAGCAUGUUCCAUCGGGACGUGUAAUGGACGUCAGUACUACAGAGCCAGGACUCCAAUGUUACACCGCUAAAAACCUCAAACCCACACUCGGGAAAAGUGGAGUCACCUAUCAACAAUUUUCUGCAUUUUGUUUGGAGGCUCAGCACUAUCCAGACAGUGUCCAUCAUGAUAAUUUUCCAAGUUCCAUACUGAGACCAGACGAAGUUUAUCAACAAACAACCACGUACAAAUUUGGAGUAACUGAGUGA